CUUUCUCUCUCUUUCUUUCUUUGUUCUUUCACAUGAUCUACUUGCAUUCUACUUAAUGUGUCUUUGCAGCUUUUGACACUCUCCAAGCAGACACUAAAGCCCUUAGCCACCCUUAAACUAACCCCUUACUGUCCUCUCUUUGUUUUCCUUCUUUGAUCUCAUUCCUCUGUUUUUUCCCUAUAUAAACCUCUGUUUCCUCUGUUUUUCUUUUGUGUGUAUGCAAAAAAUAUGUAUAGAAGAGAGGGUUCCGUCAGAGAGACUGCGGUUCCUCAAAGAAGAAAAACCCCUUCUUUCUCUUCUAGUCUUCUUGAUGCUAUUUAUCGUUCCAUUGAUGAAUCAGCUAAUGGAGAUGAAGCAACAUUGUGUCAUUACAGGGAAACAAAAACGACCCUUGUUAAGAAGCAGAACAAUGCACCUUCGGAAGAAGAGAGAAGGGUUUCCAGUCUUCGACGUGCUAUUAUGAUUGAGGAUUGGGUUGAGAAGCAAAGUGGUUAUGGCUCAGCUGUGCAUUUCAACUCAACUUCAAGUUCCUCGGAUUCUAGCAGUGGAGGAAUCUUCUCGUCAUCCGAAGCUGAGUCAAGUUACAAAGAGAAAUCAAGAAGAUCAACACCGGCUAAACCCGAAAAGUCUAAGCAGUUUGAACAAAGAAACUUUGACAACAACAACAACAAUCAACAAAGGGCCAAGCGUGAAGGUGGUGGCUUUUCUAAGACCAAACUGAAAGCCUUGAAAAUAUACGGCGAAUUGAAGAAAGUGAAGCAGCCGAUUUCUCCUGGUGGUCGUAUCACUAACUUCUUAAACUCCAUUUUCAAUGCCAAUGCGAAGAAAGUGAAGAUGUGCUCCGUUGGGGUUUCAGAUGAUGUAAGUUUUGAUCGCAAAUCAAAAACUACAUGUUCAUCAGCUUCUUCCUUUUCCAGGUCUUGUUUGAGCAAAACACCUUCUGCAAGAGGUAAUAAGUAUAGCAAUGGCAAGAAAAGGUCAGUUAGAUUUUGUCCAGUUAGUGUCAUUGUUGAUGAAGAUUGUAGACCCUGUGGCCAUAAAUGUAUUUAUGAAGAUGAUCCAAGUUUAAUGCCAACUUCAACUGUUCAAAAGAAUGUUAAAAGUUCUUCAAGAAAGGAGGAGCUGAAGAAUUUUGUUAAGGAGAAAGAAUCAGGAGUUAGCAAUAAGGCAAGAGAUUAUCUAAGGAGUUAUCAACGGAGGGGUACUGGUAAAUUGGAUUUGAGAGGCUUUGUUGACGACUAUGAGGAUGAUGAUGAAGAAGAAGAAGACGACGCUUUGAGUUAUUCAAGCUCUGAUCUUUUUGAGUUGGAUCAUCUCAUUGGAAUUGGAAGGUAUAGAGAGGAGCUGCCAGUGUAUGAAACUACUAGUUUGAAAACUAAGCAAGCCAUUGCCAAUGGCUUCAUAUUGUAGCUCAUUAUCAUCUUUCAAAUUGUAAUUAAUGGUUUGGGGGGGUUCAAAUCGAAUAUUCGAGUUAUAUUUUCUUCUGAUAGUGAUGAUGGUGAUUCCAUA